CCGCGCCGUUGUCGGAGCAACGUCUAUGCGAGAACUUCACGUGAGUGUUUCGACGAAACUUAACAUCGGAUUCAAAUAUUGAAUUAGUUUCAAAUAAACGUGGAAGUGUUAUUGUGCCAGUGACAUGGUGUUAUAUAAGUGAUAUAAAAUUUUAAAAUCAUGGGUUUGAAAAAGGAUUUCGAUUUGCCAACAAACAUUUUUAAAAGUGUUAAAUUGCCUAAAUCUACGAAACUGCAACAGGCUAUAGAGAAGAUUUUUAAGAAGAAUAGCUAUACUAAAAUAGUACAGAGUUGAAUUUAGGACGUCAUUAUAGUACUUAAAUGGGUGAAGUAGAAGCAAAUAUUAGUAGUAGUAGUCACACUGAUACAAAACCGCCCGAUCCAAAACAACCUAAGUUUAUAACCGAUGAAACAGAAUUCAUAGGCAAAGGAGACAUAUCAACGCCUAAGAAACAUAGAAGAAGCAGGAGCAGAAGUGGCAACAGAUUGACGCCAAAAGUUUUGAGUGUUUCUGAUGAAUAUUUCUAUGAAGAUUUGGAGGAAUACGUAAAGGAAAUGUCUACGGUAUCUCGAUCAGCUAUGGAUACUAACGAGGAUGUGUGGACGCAGCUUCAACAGAAGGAAUCUGAUCUCUUAUUGGCAGCAGAGCUUGGGAAAGCCCUGCUGGAGAAGAAUGAAGAACUAAAAAAGGAACAGGAACGUGUAGCUGAGGAAUAUUCGAAGAAAGUUGAGGAAUUAGAGCAAGAGAAGCACCUUCUCCGACGACGGCUGGACACGACACAAGGGGAGUAUGAAGCCCGGAUACUGGAGCUCCAGAAUGACAUCAAGGAGCUUACGAACAAGAUUGGCUCCAGAGACACUUCUGUUAAACAGCGCGAAGAGGAGAAAGCCAGCCUGAUCCAGGAGUUAACAGCACAGAACUCUCGGCUUACGGCUCAGCUGAAAGAGUCGUCGGCUAUUGAGGCCCAGCUGAUCGCACAGCUUGAGGGAUUGAAGGACCAGUGCUCUAUUAGACAGACCAGUCUCAAGGAUCACGUCCAAAGCUUGGAAUCAUUGAAAGCAGAACUGGCCCUCGUGAGCGACAAGCGUACAGAGCUGGAGCGAAGGCUGACCAGCUCUCUGCAUGACAAAGACAACCUCAUGCAGCAGCUGGAAGAGGCCAAUGACCGUAUAGUGGCUCUGGAAAGGCAGUUGAAAGAACAGGAACACCUCUACCAAAACACCCUGAAGGAGCUAGAACGUCUCCAAAGAUCCCACGACACGUUGGCAGAAAGAAUCGGAGCACCAGACCCUGCUGAUACAGCGGAAUCAGCCAGAAGUCUUCAUGCAGAGAUGGAAACUGAGCCUGAAGACCAGGACGACAGCUGGUUGAGGAGUGAAGCUGUCCAGGUGUAUAAGCAGUUGCGAGCUUUGGCGUUGCAGCUUAAUACUGGACAUGACGAUGAUUCAGGUCUCCACUCCGACUUAUCACUGACCUCCCUGGACGGUGAGGAAGGCGAGACCCUGCGCCGCGGAGCCUUAGCCGCUGCCUGCGCAGACGCAGUCGCCGCGUACGCAACGCUCGAAGGGUCCAGAGUGAGAGACUCGAUCGCUGCCCACGCGAGACGCGCUUUGGAGAGGGAACGACAAAUUGAUGAGAAGAACGAAAUUAUUGCUGAUUUAUCGUCCAAACUGGUGAGCGUACUCAUGACGCGCGGCGUGACUUUGACGCGCGCGCCACUUUUGCAGACCAGUAAGACUAGCACAACUGGGCGCGACUUGCGCGAGAGUAAUUCUCGCAUCUCUAUGCGAGAAUUACUCUCCCACGCCUUAUGUCGCUCUCGCGCAAGUCGCGUCUUGUCGUGCUAG